UGAGCAAAAAUGCAACAUUUCACUGUGCAGGGAUACACUUUAUUCGUGGCAGAACUUAAGUAAUUCAGACUUUCAGACUGAUCUUAAAACUUGGGCCAAGUGGUUGCAAAACACACUGUGCUUGCAUUCCUGUGUGACAGUCUUAAACACAUUUAUUAUCAUAAUCAAACUGUCAAAGAUAAAACGUGGUAUAAAAUACAGAGUAUAGAAACAUAAUGUCUCACACUACCUAAUACAGUUGCUGAAAAAAUGAAGGCUGUUGCCAUUGUGCUUUUGGCUGCCUUAGCAUAUUCCCACUUGGUCUCUGGUGAACCUGCAGUCAAAGCAAAUGGCAUUUUUCUAAAUAGACAACAUUACAGUUCAAUAAGUGUUGCUAAUGGAGGACCUUGGGGUACCUGGACCUGGAUUGAUAUGUGCCCAGAACAUUUCUAUGCUAUGGGAUUUAGUAUAAAGGUGGAGGAGUAUGGAGGAGCUGAUGAUGACACUGCACUCAAUGGGAUCCGUUUAUUUUGCAUAAACCCCAAUAAUACUGAUAGUACUGUCUAUAGUGUUGAGUCUGAUUCUGGAAAGUUUGGACAAUGGUCAACAAUCAUUUGGUGUCCAAAAGGGUUCCUCGUAUCUUUUCAACUGAAAGUUGAAACACCACAAGGAAUUGUAGAUGAUACAGCAGCAAAUGGUAUCAAAUUUCGCUGCACCAGUGGUGCGAUCAUAGAAGGAGUUGGUAGUACGUUUGGUGAUUAUGGGGGAUGGAGUAAUGCCUGUACAAGAGGUGGAAUCUGUGGCAUUCAAACCAAACUAGAAUCAUACCAGGGGGCUUUUGUGGAUGACACAGCACUUAAUGAUGUUCGCUUCUUCUGUUGUGACUAAUUUUACCUUGUUAAAUCUUGUAUCUAGGAUCUUCUAAAGUAUAAUACCUGGUAUUUUCUGAACAGAACCUUCUGUUCCUUUCAGUUCGGGUCAAAGCUAUACUGAAAAGUCAAUCUUCUCUAAGUACCAGUAAAAGUAAUUUUUCUGUCUGCCUCUUAAAAAGAAUCAACAACAAACUAGGUUUCCUUAGCUUCCUCAAUGAAGAUAUGAAGGGUAGGAUUGAUUUUUAUUGGAAUUCUGCUAUGGCACCAAUAUGAGGGAAAGUCAAACGGUUACC